CUCUAGUUCUCUUCUUCCGCCUAUACACCUGCAACUUACUUACUACUGUAUACACACUCCUAAAGUGCUGGCGAUUUAUCCCACUUUCUGACAUCUAAUUUCUUCAUCAUGGCUCCCGCUGUUGGUAUCGAUCUGGGUACCACCUACUCCUGCGUGGGUAUCUUCCGUGAUGACCGUAUCGAAAUCAUUGCCAACGACCAGGGUAACCGAACCACACCCUCGUUCGUUGCUUUCACAGACACAGAGCGCCUCAUCGGUGAUGCCGCGAAGAACCAGGUCGCCAUGAACCCCGCCAACACAGUCUUCGACGCAAAGCGACUCAUUGGUCGUAAGUUCGCCGACCCUGAGGUCCAGGCUGACAUGAAACACUUCCCCUUCAAGAUCACCGACAAGGGCGGUAAGCCUGUCAUUCAAGUCGAGUUCAAGGGUGAGACCAAGGAGUUCACUCCUGAGGAGAUCUCCUCCAUGGUCCUCACCAAGAUGAGAGAGACUGCGGAGGCGUAUCUUGGCGGCACUGUCAACAAUGCCGUCGUCACCGUCCCCGCCUACUUCAACGACUCCCAGCGUCAAGCUACCAAGGAUGCUGGUCUUAUUGCCGGCCUCAAUGUCCUCCGUAUCAUUAACGAGCCCACUGCGGCUGCUAUUGCUUACGGUCUCGACAAGAAAGCUGAUGGUGAACGCAAUGUUCUGAUCUUCGACUUGGGCGGUGGUACUUUCGAUGUGUCUCUCCUCACCAUCGAAGAGGGUAUCUUCGAGGUCAAGUCCACUGCUGGUGACACCCACUUGGGUGGUGAGGACUUUGAUAACCGCCUCGUUAACCACUUUGUCUCGGAGUUCAAGAGAAAAUUCAAAAAGGAUCUCUCCGCCAACGCACGUGCACUCCGCCGUCUCCGCACUGCUUGCGAACGUGCCAAGCGUACCCUCUCCUCUGCUGCUCAGACUUCCAUUGAAAUUGACUCCCUAUAUGAGGGUAUCGAUUUCUACACCUCUAUCACCCGUGCUCGUUUCGAGGAGCUUUGCCAGGAUCUCUUCCGUUCCACCAUGGAACCCGUCGAGCGUGUCCUCCGCGAUGCCAAGAUCGACAAAUCCUCCGUCCACGAAAUCGUUCUCGUCGGUGGCUCUACCCGUAUCCCCAGAAUCCAGAAGCUCGUCUCAGAUUUCUUCAAUGGAAAGGAGCCCAACAAGUCCAUUAACCCUGACGAAGCUGUUGCCUACGGUGCUGCCGUCCAGGCUGCUAUCCUGUCUGGUGACACGUCUUCCAAGUCUACCAACGAAAUCCUCCUCUUGGACGUUGCCCCAUUGUCUCUCGGUAUCGAAACCGCAGGCGGUGUCAUGACUCCUCUCAUCAAGAGGAACACCACCAUCCCGACCAAGAAGUCCGAGACCUUCUCCACCUUCUCCGACAACCAACCUGGAGUCCUCAUCCAGGUCUUCGAGGGUGAGCGUGCGCGUACCAAGGACAACAACCUCCUCGGAAAGUUCGAGCUCACCGGCAUCCCGCCCGCGCCCCGCGGUGUUCCCCAGAUCGAGGUUACUUUCGACGUUGACGCCAACGGUAUCAUGAACGUUUCUGCCCUCGAGAAGGGUACCGGCAAGACCAACAAGAUCGUCAUCACCAACGACAAGGGCCGUCUCUCCAAGGAGGAGAUCGAGCGCAUGUUGGCUGAAGCCGAGAAAUACAAGGCUGAAGAUGAAGCCGAGGCUUCCCGCAUCAGCGCCAAGAACGGCCUCGAGUCCUACGCGUACUCUCUCCGCAACACGCUCAGCGACUCCAAGGUCGACGAGAAGCUCGAGGCUGGCGACAAGGAGAAGCUCAAGUCUGAGAUCGACAAGACUGUCCAAUGGCUAGAUGAGAACCAGACUGCCACUAAGGAGGAGUAUGAGUCUCAACAGAAGGAACUUGAAGCUGUUGCCAACCCGAUCAUGAUGAAAUUCUACGGUGCCGGCGGCGAGGGUGCCCCAGGCGGAUUCCCCGGUGCUGGUGGGCCCGGCGGCUUCCCCGGUGGACCUGGAGCUGGACAUGCUAGUGGUGGCGGCGACGACGGCCCCACCGUCGAGGAGGUCGACUAAAAUUUCCAAUGUUGUCUCUCCCUUGGUAAUUAAUUGUCUGUUAGGAAGAUUCGUCCUUUUUCCUUUUCUUCCUCUUCUUCCUGUGCGUUUCAACGAGUCAUGUUUUUCAUAGUGGUCUCUUUUUUUUUUAACGGGGUUUCUUCUUACUUUUUCAAAUGUGGCUUUCCUCUUCUGCUUCCUAAUUAAUGUCCACCACGGUUUCUGGUUUUCCUCUAGUUUCUUUACACAAAAAAUUCCAAUUCUAGCUAUUUUGUUUAUUUUAUCGUGCGCUGUUUACUAUGCUUUUGGUUCGUCUCAGUUGUUGUUCUUCUUCUUCUUCCCUCUGUCAACAGCUGGAAAACAAAACAUGAAGCAGAAAAGGAAGAAAAGAAAAUAAAGAAAAAUAUAUAAUUUACUCCGUAAAUCAGCAUCCGCAAUGAAAUUUCAUAUAACUAUGUAAAAACCAAGAACGAUUACAACCGCAACCCAUUUG